ACAAUAUAUGAUGCUAAAGUCAUGAAAGAUGGAAGCGUAUUCAAAUGGCACAAACAAACAUAAUUGAUUUAUUUCCCUCUUCAGAAUAAUAAUAAUAAAAGCGACGCUUGGAGAAAAAGAGUUCAGAGUUGACAGAGAGAUGCCAUGCAAUGAUUAACAAAGCAAAACCAGAAAAUAUUAUAUAUCGAUGUUUCCUUGUAUGUAAAGAUAACAAACUUGGGUCAAGUAAUCUAGCAAACAUUUGCCCAGUUUUUAGAUUCUUUGUUAUUCAGGACCGAGGCCUUUUCCUUUUUAUCUUACUCUUAUCAGCGUCUUCACUAUUUUCACAUUCAACCCUCUCAUAUUGAAGUUCUUUCUCUUACUCAGAUCCAGGAGUCGUGAAAGCAUUCAAAGUGUGGAUGGUUAAAUAUUGCCUGCAGUUUCAGAUUGAUGUGAUCCCUUAAUUUCCUAAGUGAGGUUGUAGGAAGUUUCCAGUUCAAUUGUAAUUGCUGUUUCUACAAUCUGAACUUUUGGAAAUCUCUAGUGGUGUAAAUGGAAGAAAUACAGUCUCAAUCAGACCAUUAUAGGUCUUCAUCUUCUUCAGCCAGUAGUCCUGCAAGUAGGGUGCCUGCAUUUAAUUUUUUCUAUUUACGGAAACCUGGUUCUCUCGGACAACCUAUCUCAUUUGAGGAUUCACCUGAGUGGGAGGAUACUGAUGCUGAUGUGAGAGUGGAGGAAGGAGGUGGUGACUCCAUCAAUGCUGCAACCACAUCAGUGUCGCCAUCUCUCUCAAAGCUCAAUAGUGGGUCCCUGCCUUCACCACACCUGCCUGAGGGUGCAGCUGUUGCAAGAAAAAUUGCUGGUGCAUCGGUUGCAUGGAAAGACUUGACUGUUACUAUAGAGGGGAAAAGGAAAUAUUCUGAUAAUGUUGUGAAGGGUUCAAAUGGUUAUGCAUUACCUGGUACAAUGACUGUAAUCAUGGGUCCUGCAAAAUCUGGGAAGUCCACACUCCUGAGGGCUAUUGCAGGAAGAUUACCUCCUGCAGCUAAAAUGUAUGGCGAAAUAUUCGUGAAUGGGGCGAGAAUGCACAUGCCUUAUGGUUCAUAUGGAUUUGUUGACUUGGAAACCACUCUAAUUGGUUCACUCACAGUCCGGGAGUAUCUAUACUACUCUGCUGUGCUCCAACUUCCCGGAUUUUUCAGUCAGAAAAAGAGUGUUGUAGAGGAAGCCAUCCAUGCCAUGUCAUUGGGUGACUUUGCGAACAAACUGAUUGGUGGUCAUUGUUUUAUGAAAGGACUUCCUAGUGGUGAAAGAAGGCGUGUUGCUAUUGCUCGGGAACUUGUGAUGAGGCCGCAUAUCUUAUUUAUAGAUGAGCCUCUUUAUCAUCUUGAUAGUGUCUCUGCCCUGUUGAUGAUGGUAACACUGAAGAAACUUACAAGCACAGGAUGUACUCUCAUUUUCACGCUUAAUCAGAGCAGUACAGAAGUUUUUGGUCUCUUUGAUCGUAUCUGUCUGCUUUCAAAUGGAAACACUUUGUUUUUUGGGGAAACAUUAGCUUGCUUGCAGCACUUCUCAAAUGCUGGAUUCCCUUGCCCAAUAAUGCAAAGUCCUUCUGAUCACUUUCUCCGCGCCAUAAAUACAGAUUUUGACAGGAUCAUUGCGAUGUGCAAAAAUUGGCAGGAUGAUAAUGGAGACUUCUCAGCUGUGAACAUGGAUACUGCUGUUGCAAUAUGUACUCUUGAGGCAACAUAUAAAUCGUCAGCUGAUACUGCUGCAGUUGAAACUAUGAUACUGAGACUCACUGAGAAGGAAGGGCCACUUCUCAAGAGCAAGGGCAAAGCUAGCAAUGCCACACGAAUUGCAGUAUUGACUUGGAGAUCAUUACUAAACAUGUCAAGGGAAUUCAAAUACUACUGGCUUCGUCUAAUUCUUUAUAUGCUUCUUACAUUGUGUAUUGGAACUAUAUUUUCUGGCUUGGGCCAUUCUUUGUCCUCAGCUGUGACAAGAGUUGCUGCUAUUUUUGUAUUUGUAUCAUUUACUUCACUUUUAAGCAUUGCUGGAGUACCUGUGCUAAUGAAAGAAAUCAAGAUAUAUGCAAGUGAGGAAUCAAACCAACAUUCAGGAGCUUUAGCCUUUCUGUUUGGGCAACUACUCUCAAGCAUUCCCUUCCUAUUCCUCAUCUCAAUAUCAUCAAGUCUUGUCUUCUAUUUCUUAAUAGGACUACGAGAUGAAUUCAGCUUGUUGAUGUACUUUGUGCUGAAUUUCUUCAUGUGCCUCUUAGUAAAUGAAGGAUUGAUGCUGGCUGUUGUUUCUUUGUGGCAAAAUAUUUUCCAGAGUGUCUUAACACUUGUAACCAUACAUGUGGUACUGAUGCUCGCAGCGGGCUAUUUCAGAAUCCGAAGCAAGUUGCCCGGACCUGUGUGGACGCAUCCAUUAUCAUACAUUGCUUUUCACACUUACUCCAUCCAGGGACUUUUGGAGAACGAGUAUCUAGGAGUGAAUUUUGCCAUUGGGCAAGUGAGGAGCAUAUCGGGUUUUCAGGCACUGCAUAGUGCUUAUGAUAUUUCUCCUAGAAGUAACGCCAAGUGGGAGAAUGUACUGGUAUUGUUCCUCAUGGCAGUCGGAUAUAGAAUCCUUGUGUUUGUUUUGCUACAUUUUUAUGCAAGGAAAAAUGUAUCCCUACAUAGACUUUUCCGGGGCAAACACAAUUCAACAGCCUGAGAUGAAUGGAAGUGGUACUAUCAUCUUUGUCAGCCAUUCAAAUUGUAUAAUCUUCUUUUAUAUUUGCUUUGUUCAAUCCCAUGCUAUCAUUCAUAAAUUAGACUUUGAGUGACCCAGGAAAGGAGUGCCAAACUUUGAUGCAUCAGUCAUUGGCACAUGAAAAUUUUGGAAUGUUGGGGUUUUGGCUGACACCGGAAGAAGGUAGCUUUGAUUAGAGAUCAUUCAUAACAAUGCUCAAUGGAUAUGUUGCUCACAGUUGCAGAUUGAAUCUUAGUUAUGUUUUAUAAAGUAGGGUCUUAGCCAUUUGAUAAGCUUUUCUAGACAUCUUAGAAUUAAAUUACCGAAAAGAAAGAACCUUUAGCA